AUGGAUAGAAAUAAUAAUAAACAAAGAAUAGCAUUUAAAUCAGUAUUCUCAAAUAAAUAUAUAUUCCAUAUUAUUUUAAACAAUAUAAAGCAAUUGAAUUAUGGAUCGAGUAAUGUUUUGAUGGUGCCACAAUACCGAUUUAUCUUUGUGGCAUCGGACGAAGCAAAACUCAAACCGUAUCUACCGAAUUCAAUGUUGAAAGCCAUUCGCUUUAGAUAUAGUGAAAAUGAAUACCUGAGACGGCCGUUUCCCUUUGAGGAGUUCUCCAACAUUCAGAUGCCACCGAUCUUUUCCCAUAGCGUUCCGCUUCACUACAAUGAGAUAGAGUCUGUCUCUUGGAUGCUAAAGAAUCGUUACUAUCUAUUGUUGUUAGAGAAGCAUCGUAGAAAUGAAUAUAUAAUACGUAGUCCAGUAAAUGAUUUCCAAGAGCUAUGUAAUUUCAAUCCAUCUACGACAACUCUUUCAAUAUAUACAGAAAUGAAUAAUAAUAAUAAUAAUAAUAAUAAUAAUAAUAAUAAUAAUAAUAAUAAUAAUAAUAAUAAUAAUAAUAAUAAUAAUAGCAACAGUAAAAAUAAUAAUAAUAAUCAUCAUGAUAAUAAUAUUAGUAUAGAUUUAUCAUUAUUUCUAGAACUAUAUAAUUGUAUUACAUUAUCAAACAAAUUGACUCCAUCGGAUCUAUCAACCAAUCAAAACUAUUUGAAUUUAUUAAUUCAAAAUUAUUAUAGUUUGGAUAUUGUAAAGUGUAUGCUUGCAAGAGGUUUGAAUGCUAAUCUAUCACAUAUUAGAUGGGCAUUGUUUUCACAUCGGCUCGAUAUUGCCAAGUAUCUUGCAAAACUAUAUAUCUAUAAGAACGAUGCAGCUAAUACUCUGGUGCUGAGAAGCAUCUUUAUAGAAACAAUGAGUAUUCUACAACAACCAACUAUAAGCAUUGAAGAUCAGCAACAAUACGUCACUCUAAUCACUCAGGAUCUAUCGAAACACUACAACAAUGUUGUAUUGAACAAUGAUCUUUGUUUAACAUCGCUACUAAGAGUUAACAAUGCUGGACUGAUACAAACAUUCGACAAUAUGUUCAAAAUCAAGAUUGAAAAGAAUCUUUUGUAUGAAAUGCUCAGGCCGACCAGAGUAGAUACAGCGUUGUCAGUGUUGGAAUGCUUUUGCUUUUGUAUGGAGAGAUUUCAUAAGAUUAAACUUAAUCAGUACAAGCCGACACUCACCGAUCAAGAAGCUUACGACAUCAUCGUUGGAAUUGCACUAAAGAACGGUAUAGUUAUCAAUGGUAAUGUGAGCACGCCAUCCAAUCUCUCGGGUUUGAAUUUAGAUGAAGACAAUGACCGACAGAUGCUCGACAAUCUUAAGGCUUCGAAAUACGGUGAAGGUGGAGUCGACUUUGAUGAGUAUAUGGAUGAUGACCAGUUCGAUCUGUUCAUGCAAAAAUACUACCCUUUCGUGAUGUUGGGUUACGAACCGUUUAUGCCAGAGAAGAGCGAGCAAAUCGCAAUUGUUAAACGACUGAUAAAGAUAGCCAAGAUCAAUGCAGGUUUGGUCGAUUCCACCGAUUACAAGUUGCCAACGGCUAUCAAACCGAAUGAAACAGCCCUCCGGCUAGGUUUUAAUUUACAACUGACAUUCCUAACGGCCUGUGCCAACGGGUUGAACGAUAUAGUUCGUCUGCUCAACCCUAUCGCUCCACCACUCACAGUUGUCUCACCGAUCUACUUGAAACCAAUUGAAUACGCAAUCUACUACCGUCGUAUCGAUACCGUUGAAUAUCUACGCGUGGAACGACCAGAGACAAGUAUCAAGUGGUCGCGCUUCAACAAUGCACUUGGAGAUCUACAGGUAUUCCAACUACUCUUUGAAUCGGCACGUGGCAAUGCCGCGGCACGGUCGGCGAUGGUCAAAGAAGCAACUCUCGUUGCACCGGCAUCCGUAAUCGAAUACAUCAUCAAUAUAGGCGAUGGAAAAUUCAUCGAUGAUCUCAACCCACUCUAUUUUGCACGUUCCAACAGCUACUCAAAGAUCAAGCUCUACCUGGACACUCACCAUCUUAACCUCUCUGACAAGGCAAAGUUUCUCUCCGAAGUAUUCGGUCACCUCCUGGUAAUCAAUGCACCAAACCUAAUCAAAACGAUAGCAAUUUACUAUAAACAUAUGAUACCAUACAUUCAAAUAAGCUCUUUGAAAAUAAUCGAAUGUAUUGAACUCGGCUAUUCCGAUUCUCUACUGAGCGUAUCGGAAAUCAUCAAAAUCGAUCGAUCAGCAAUUUCAAAAUCAUCAAACAAACUAUCAAGUCAAAUGGAAACAGUUUUAAGAAAAAUAGAAUCAAUGAACAACCAAAACUUAUAUAAAUAA